ACAGAUGUAUAAACAUGUUGAGCAGAUGAGUACAUGAGAAGAAAGUUAUCGGUGGGAAGAAAUUUGGAGUCGGGGGAGGGUACAUGAAAACGUUGUCUGUCUCUCGGGUUGAAGCUCAGCACUGCCCCUAGAGGCCUGGAGCACUUCCGUUGUAUGACUGGAUAUGCGGCGAUAUUUGCAGCGUCUUCCUGUAUUUGCAGCACGCUUCUGUUUAUGCAGCGUGUUUCUGCAUUUGCAGCGCCUGUCCGUAUAUGCAGUGUGUUUGUACUUGUAGGCCACCGUAGUGCUGGAUUAAAAAUCAGCGAUCUUAACUCUAUACACCACCAAGUGUUUCCUCUGACAGGUCAGGAGUCUUUUCACCUGCCAGCAGGAGCCUCACUAGAGAGAUUAACAUGCACACACAUUUGUGCUACCACUCAGAUCUCACCCAUUUCCACACAGGAGCUCCUUGAAAAUACAGAAGCUGUGCUGGGUUGACCCAGGUCUUAGCCACCCAAGCACCCCCAUGUCUCCUUAGAUGUUGACCAAUAAACAAUUUGGUACAGUAGGCAUUUAGUAUUUGUGGCUUACUGCUGAACUUCACAGGAGUGGGAAGUUAGCUCCAGGGCAUUGCAAGGGGUGAGGGAUAACCUCAUCUGGAGCUAGUUUACACCAUGUCCGAAUAUGUGUGUGUGUGAGAGAGAGAGUGUGUGUGUGUGUGUGUGUGUGUGUGUGUGUGAGAGCGCGUCCUGGCGUCCAGCGGGGUCCUGGUAAUGCUGAGACAGACGGUGAGCGGGUGGGUUUAUUUUUGGGUCAGUGACAGUGUGUCAAUGGCUGCAGAUGCGUCGGAAAGGAAGGCUCUGAGAUACAAGCAAACCCUGCUCUAUGGGGAGUACCAGGAGCACCAAGGGGGCUCAGGCAGACGGGAGGCCACGCGCCUGCUGACAGAGAGACAGAUCAAGAAACAUGGCAGCCAUCCCCGCAGCCAUGGGAGGACGCGGCACGGACAUGGCCGCUGUAGCCACGGUCAAAAUGGAUACCACAGUCGACAUGGACAUCAGCACGGCUAUCAGAGCAGACAGAGGCGUCAGUCCUACAUGGAGGCUGAGGCUGCUGAUGAGCCAGCUGCUGAACCUUACCUUACGUCCUCAGUGAAGAAGAAACGCUCCUACUCUAAGUGCCGAGACUGCAUAGCACGGGUUCAGAGAUUCCUCGUGACCAGGCUGGGAGAAGACUGGAUAUUCCUCGUUCUGCUGGGCAUCACAAUGGCAUUGGUCAGCUGGACAAUGGACUAUGCCAGCGCAAAGAGCCUGCAGGCCUAUAAGUGGAUUCAUGGGGAGCUGAGGGGGAACAUCCCCCUGCAGUACGUGGCCUGGGUUUCAUAUCCCCUGAUGUUCAUACUAUUCUCCUCCCUCUUCUGUCACCUGGUUGCUCCUCAAGCUAUCGGUUCUGGUAUCCCAGAGCUAAAGACCAUCCUGAGAGGUGUGGUGUUGAAGGAGUAUUUAACUCUGAAGGCCUUCAUCGCCAAAGUCAUUGGUCUGACUCUUGCCCUGGGCAGCGGGAUGCCUGUAGGCAAAGAGGGCCCAUUUGUUCACAUAGCCAGUAUCUGUGCUGCAGUUCUCAGCAGGUUCAUGUCCUUCUUUUCAGGAGUUUAUCAGAAUCCAUACUGUUACACAGAUAUCCUGACAGUCGGCUGUGCUGUUGGGGUGGGCUGCUGCUUUGGCACUCCACUUGGAGGUGCACAGCCUCUCUUGUUCCGCUCUGUUCUGAAUGCGCGUGUGCUCUUCAGUAUAGAAGUAACAUCCACCUACUUUGCUGUUAGAAACUACUGGAGAGGAUACUUUGCUGCUACAUUUAGUGCCUUCAUAUUCAGAGUGCUCUCCGUGUUUAACAAAGACGCAGUGACCAUCACUGCUCUGUUCAGGACAAAGUUUCGCAUGGAUUUCCCUUUUGACCUGCAGGAGCUGCCAGCAUUUGCCAUCAUUGGGAUCUCCUGUGGGUUCCUGGGGGCGUUCUUCGUCUAUCUCAACAGACAGGUGGUGCUGUUCAUGAGGCGGCCCAACGCAAUGACCCGCUUCCUGACCAAGUACCGGCUCGUCUUUCCUGCUGUGGUAACGCUGGUUAUCGCCACCUUGACCUUCCCGCCCGGGUUUGGACAGUUCAUGGCAGGAGAGCUGAUGCCCAGGGAGUGCAUCAAUUCUCUGUUUGACAACUUUACGUGGACAAAGAUUUCAGCGACUCCUCCUCCUGUUGGCCUGGGUCGCUCCGCCGCCUGGCUGCACCCUGAUGUUAGUGUCUUCCUCAUCCUGCUGCUCUUCUUCCUCAUGAAGUUCUGGAUGUCUGCAGUGGCGACCACGAUGCCCAUUCCUUCUGGGGCCUUCAUGCCAGUCUUCAUACUGGGAGCUGCCUUUGGCAGGCUGGUUGGGGAGAUCAUGGCCACCCUGUUUCCUCACGGGAUUGUGUUUGAUGGCAUCCUUUACCGCAUCAUCCCUGGAGGGUACGCAGUCAUUGGAGCGGCAGCUUUGACCGGUGCUGUGACUCAUACUGUGUCCACGGCGGUCAUCUGCUUUGAGCUGACAGGUCAGAUCUCCCACAUCCUGCCCAUGAUGGUGGCGGUAAUCCUGGCCAACAUGGUGGCCCAGGGCCUGCAGCCCUCCCUGUACGACUCCAUCAUCCAGGUCAAGAAGCUGCCGUACCUGCCGGAGCUCGGCUUCGGGCACAUGAGCCAGUACAACAUCUUUGUCGAAGACAUCAUGGUGAGACAGGUUAAGUUUAUUUCGUCUCAGUCCACGUACAGAGAAGUGAAACUCCUGCUGGACUCCUCCUCACUCAAGUCGAUUCCAUUGGUCGAUUCAACAGAGUCUAUGAUCCUAUUGGGCAGCAUUGACAGGUUGGAGCUUCUGGCUCUCUGUGAUUGGUGGUUAUCACCAGAGAGAAGGCUCCUGAUGCAGGGCCGGAGCCUACAGGAGCAGAACCAGACUCAGAAACACAGCUGGGAGUCCUUCGCUUUCGUAGAUGAGGAGGAAGAGGAGGAUGGAGAGAAGGACAGCCCGGUGCAGGAGGAGAGGAACGGCCCCCUGCCUCCGCCAAAGCCUCAGGAGCCUUCCUCAAACCACACUGCUCCUGUUCCUGAAAAAGGUCCUCUACAGUCUGUGAGGAAAACACUCAGGAACCUCUUCACCUCCAAGAGCAGACAGACAGAAGGACAGUCGCAGGAGCCCUGUCCUCCUCCCCUGUCAGACACGAUGACACCAGAGGAGAUCAAAGCGUGGGAAGAGGAAGAGAUGGACAAGCCGAUGGAAAUCGAUGAGAUACGAAUAGACCCUUCACCUUUCCAGCUGGUCGAGAGGACAUCACUACACAAGACUCACACUUUAUUCUCACUGCUGGGGCUAAGUCAUGCGUAUGUGACCAGUAUCGGCAAACUGGUGGGGGUGGUGGCGCUCAAAGAGCUCCAGAAGGCCAUCGAGGGCUCCACCCGCUCUGGCGUCCGGCUCCGUCCUCCGCUUGCCAGCUUUCGCGACAUCAGCAACCACAACUCUGUCACUAAACCUCCACCUUCUUCUUCCACUGCUCCUUCCUCCCCGAGCUCCACCUCCUCUCCCUCAGCUCCAACUGCUUCCCAACUUCCUUCCCCUUGCCCCCCUCACCACCACCACCACCACCACCACCAUCAUCAUGAUCAUGAUUGCCCAAACGGUGAAACAGAGGUGUGGGUCGAAGGUGUGAAGAGGGAGGUGGAGGACAGCAGCAGCAGAAGCAGCACAGGUGCCUGCACUUCAAGCCGCAGUUGCAGCUACAACAGCAACCUCACCCUCCCUCCCUCCUCCACUCCUCCCCCAGUGCCGUCUUCGUCCAGUCCUCCUCCUCCUCCUUCACCUUCUCCUUCCUCCUCCAGCCCUCUCUCCACCCUGAGACCUCCACAGGGACUCUUCGAGGGGGAUGAAGACAGCGACGAUGAGCCAAUGGUUUAGAUUAGUUGAGAGUGAUGGUUAUGUUUCUUGUUUUUUUUGUUUUUUUUUAUAAUGGAAAACUUUUUUAAUGGCGUGAGUUUUUUAGUUCUGUUCUUAAUUUGUUGCUCUGGUCUUUGGACACCCUUUUACCUCUUCAAGUCAAGUGAGAGUCUCUCUGCUCAUUUCACUGACCUUCUAGUUGGUGUUAAAAGCUUUUGCUUUGUCUUGCUCAUCCCAAACCUUCAGUCUUUCCUCAAUAAGCUCUGGAUGUUUAUGUUUUUUGAUAACUUCCUCCUCAGUUUCUCUUUCUUGUGAUUUUCACAUAAACAGACUCGAGACAAAUUGGUUGAGCCUCACUCACAAAGGCGUUGCUACCAACAUUUGCCAUUUUUACUAUUCACUAGGCGUGUAAUUAGGGGUCAGUAAUAACUGCUAAGGUUACAUGUGUUACCUCUGAAUUUUGUUACGUGCUGUUGGUUUAAGUCACUGCACGUCCCGUCAGAACAGCACAGUUGAAUUUCAGCCUGCCUGCUUUUUUCAGCCAACAUCGCUGAUACAACAGCUGAUGUUGCCAUAGGGAGAACGACAGAUUAGCGGACCGUCGAGUCACAUGUCCUGUCAGGUUCAUCAUGUUUCCUGAUCUCACAGCAACCCAUCUGUUCUGCAAAAUCCAAAAUAUUAAGAUUCUGAUUUGUUCUCGAGGUGGGAGUAAAUGGCUGCUUGCUGUCAUCAGACUGGUGCUGACACUGUUUGAAGGAGACGCUCGGACUGAAGCAGCAACACAGCUGUGCCGCGGGAUUUAAAAAGCAAAAUCUAUAAGAUGAUACUGAUGGAUGUUUUUGCUUUCUCCAGGAUUAGUGUCUUUUCAGUGUACAACAUGUCUUGCAUAUCAGUGUUUUUAUGUAUUGAAAAGUAAUCCAAACCUGUGCUGCUCAGACCAGAACCGAACCCAGUGAACCCCUGCACAGCAGGUCUGCGUUACCUGAUCGUUUGUGUCUUUUAAAAAGAAGGUUUUUAUCAGAUGAGCGCAGCAGCUAUUGAUUUUUUUUCUUUUUAACUGGCAACAGACCAUCUGGAUAGCAGUAGCCUAAUGGAGCCGCUCAGUCCUCUGUGGAAGAUUGGCUGAAGCCCCCAAACGACCUCCAAAUUGUGUGCUGACCUUGUGGAUGCAGCCUCAGAGCUCAUCUCAUCACGCUUAAGUUGAUAGAUGGUGCAGCUAAAGGCGGCUGACGACAGCCAGACUCCCGCCGGGGGUCCUGGAGGUUGUUUUUAUCCCACAAGGACGCCUUCCAGUUGGUCAUCAAAAUCUCACAUGAAUACUUUAAAUCUCUUAAGAUUACAACAAAGAAAUAACAGAAGCUCCAUUGUGCUUCAUAAGCAGCGUGAUGGCCGACAUCGUGACAGUGAGUGACAGCUGACAUGUCAUCUAAAUGUUAAACGAAGAUGAAGAUGUAUGUUGACAGACAGAUAUUUGCCUGUUAAUGCAUAAAUUAGCUUAAUAAAUUAUCCCAUGAGCAAAACUAUUUAAUUUAGACCUGUCACGAUGAAGAUUACAGGACGUGAAGCUGCUCAUGUGAGACCUCAGCUCCAAAGAUUUUUUAUUCUGCUGCUUAAGAUUUAAAGGUGAAAGUGACUUGACUUCCUUUUUCUUUUCUUUUUUGAAAUGUAAAAACCAUCAAUCAGAUGCGUGAUGUUAGAGAGACUCAACCACUUUGUGAACAGAUGGGAUGUAAAACCUUUGACUGAAAGAGGCUAAAAGCUGCAUUGAGGUUCAGUGUUGGGUUUGUUUCCUGUUGUGGUCAGCACUUAAGUGACACUUGAGUUGGUGUUCAUGUCAAAACUAUCACAUAACUGAACUUUAAACCCAAAGUUGUCCCAAAAUCGCUGGUUCCAAACUGCACUUUAGCCUUUAGCCUGUUAGCUGAUGUCUGACUGAAGCUCGUCUCCUCUUCCACUCUUCUUAUCUCCUGGAUUCAGUUUCUCAGGUGCUGCCUUAAAAGUCUUUAAACCUGCAGAUUUAACAGAAAACGUUUUCUUUCUGUCUGUGUGAAUUAUAAGUCUGUGUGUCUGGUUCUUAAACGGGCUUUUUUUUCCUUUGUCUGUCUGUUCAUGUUUUUAUUUAUUUAUCUUUUAGUGGAGUCAAUUGUUAUCUCCAAAUUUACAAAACUGUGAAAGGUGUAGCCAAAUAAAGUUUUGUCAGGUGUCCUGAUUGUUCA